AAGAUUAACUGUUAUUGUGUGUCACAUUGAAAAUACUCUUUACUCAAGAGUAUAGCUUUUUAUUAUGCUUUCUGUGGUUAAGACAUUUCUGCUUGCCCUGACUGCCCUUUCUUUGAAGAAGUUUAUUACCCAUUCAGAGUGCCAGUGCAGCAGUGUCUGUGGCUGCUUUCCAGAUAGAAUUACUGAAAUCUUCUCUUCUCUUGCUUCAGUCCCUUUUAAUUUUUUUUUACUUUUUUAUACUUUUAAAUUUAGGUGCUCUUUAACCCCCARUGGUGCAGGAGAUGGGAACGCUUACUUGAGUAAUGGGUGUGAAGUGUUUAGCUGAUACAUCUGUGUUGAGGUUUGUGUAGUUGGUGAACCAAAUUGGUAGGAGCUUAAAUAGAAUUCAGCUGUGGCUUUAGGAGUUAUCAACAGAUUUUAUACUUUGCUURUAGUAUGCUUACAGUACAGCCUAGCUGUGGUAUUGGUGCAAUUCAGCCUUCCCCACACAAAAAAAUCCUGAAGUUCAUUGUCAUUGUUCUCUCCAUGAGGCCUGGAAUUCACACUUCUUAGGUGGAUUUUUAUUCUCAUCUAGUAAUCUGUAAAUUCAAAUAARUAAAUUUGAUCCCUUAAUCAGCCACAACCAAAUGGAAAAGUAUCUUAUUCYGUCCAGAAUAAAACAGUGAAUAAAAAGACAGUAAAAAAAAUUGCACUCUUUUGCUUAGGGUUACUUCUUGACUAGAAACUAGAAGCUUAUAUUUAGACAUGUGUUUGCAGGUUGAUUCCAUCAUUCUCUGAGUCAUUAAGUAUUAUUGCAAUGCAGGCUGGGAUAUGGUAUUAACUGGGUUCAAACUCUCUGCCUGUUGUUUUUUUUCUUCCCCUUUUCUCCAUUUGUAUUUGUAAUGGCAGCCCCAAUAAAUAUCAGGAAAGAAAAAGUUACUGUGUUUUAAAGUUACAAAAUAUAAUAAGUUAGUAACAUUUAUCCAGUGGAGAGAGUGGAGAACAAAGUUGCUACUGUUUAGUCUAUGAAUAUUCSUUUCUUCUUAUACAGUGGAAUUACUUUGAAAUAUGAUUUAAAUCUACUUAAAUGUUUAGAGGAAUUGAUUAUGAAACAUGAGAGAAGGGACUCUUCAGUGGUCAUAGGGCCUGACUUCAGACAAGGGCGACCUGAGUUUAAUUUUCUUUUCUAUGAUGGCAGUUAUCCUUAGGGAUUUACCUGCUCUCUUUGUUUCCAUUCUCAAUUUGUAAAAUUCUUGGGUAAAAAAAAAAAAAAAAAAAAAAAAAGCCUUCUUUGCAAUACUUUGUGACAAACCACAUAUGCUUUUUAGGUAACCUCUUUAAUAUCUUUAAGUCAGCUGGUGCUUUGCUGUUGCUGCUUGGGAGGCUGGAUCAGUUCAGUGUUUUCUUUCUGUUCACAAUAUGCUUUCCUGUCAUUAAGAACUCUGUGGAGACAUGAUGGUGCUGCAUCCCAGUCAUAAACUGAGUUUUUCAGGUUGAAUUCUAGACUGAGAUUGCCUACUGACUGCAUCUAUUUCCUCUGUAUGAUCUAUCAAACAGAUUUAGAUUGAUCAAGAAUUAUAGUAAGAUUGCAUGUCUGUUUCACAUGAAAUUUGGAAGUGAGAUGAGUGAAAGCCGAGCAAAAAAAGUUCGAAUAAAGGAAGUUGAUGGUUGGACUCUAAGGAUGCUUAUUGAUUAUAUUUACACUGCUGAAAUUCAAGUUACAGAAGAAAAUGUGCAGGUACUGCUCCCAGCAGCUGGUCUCUUGCAACUGCAGGAUGUGAAAAGGACUUGCUGUGAGUUCUUGGAAUCCCAACUUCAUCCUAUCAACUGCCUGGGGAUUCGUGCUUUUGCUGACAUGCAUGCAUGCACAGAUCUCCUGAGCAAGGCCAACACAUAUGCAGAACAGCACUUUUCCGAUGUUGUACUUAGUGAAGAAUACCUCAAUCUUGGUGUAGAGCAGGUGUGCAGUCUUAUAUCCAGUGACAAACUCACAAUUKCCUCAGAGGAGAAGGUUUUUGAAGCAGUGAUAGCCUGGGUAAACCAUGACAAAGAUGUAAGGCAGGAGUUAAUGGCACGUCUGAUGGAGCACGUUCGGCUGCCUUUGCUUUCCCGCGAGUAUUUAGUUCAGAGAGUUGAAGAGGAAAUAUUGGUUAAGAACAGCAGUGCUUGUAAAGAUUACCUCAUUGAAGCUAUGAAGUAUCACYUGYUACCGACUGAGCAGCGAGCAUUGAUGAAAAGCACACGAACAAAAUUGAGAACACCCGCUAGCCUUCCAAAAUUGAUGAUGGUAGUUGGGGGCCAGGCACCAAAGGCAAUUCGCAGUGUUGAAUGCUAUGAUUUUAAAGAAGAACGCUGGCAUCAGGUAGCAGAAUUGCCUUCCAGAAGAUGUAGAGCAGGAAUGGUGUACAUGGGAGGCAUGGUUUACGCUGUUGGUGGUUUCAAUGGCUCUUUGAGGGUUCGUACAGUAGAUUCCUAUGAUCCAGUGAAGGACCAGUGGACAAGUGUUGCUAACAUGCAAGACAGGAGAAGCACACUGGGAGCAGCAGUAUUAAAUGGCCUUCUUUACGCUGUGGGAGGAUUUGAUGGGAGUACAGGUUUGUCAUCAGUCGAAGUUUACAACUUAAAGACAAACGAGUGGUUUCAUGUAGCUCCAAUGAACACAAGAAGAAGUAGUGUUGGCGUAGGUGUUGUUGGAGGUAAGCUGUAUGCUGUUGGUGGCUAYGAUGGAGCAUCACGGCAGUGCCUUAGUUCAGUAGAAUGCUAUGAUGCCAAUUCAAACGAGUGGAGCUAUGUCGCAGAAAUGAGCACGAGACGGAGCGGAGCAGGUGUUGGUGUGUUAAACAAUUUAUUGUAUGCAGUAGGUGGUCAUGAUGGUCCUUUGGUAAGAAAAAGUGUUGAAGUGUUUGACCCCAUUGCCAGUUCCUGGAAGCAGGUUGCAGAUAUGAACAUGUGCAGAAGGAAUGCAGGUGUUUGUGCUGUAAAUGGUCUCUUGUAUGUAGUUGGAGGAGAUGACGGUUCCUGUAAUUUAUCAACAGUGGAGUAUUAUAAUCCAACAACCGAUAAGUGGACGGUUGUCUCAUCUUGUAUGAGUACAGGAAGGAGCUAUGCAGGUGUUACAGUUAUUGACAAACCAUUAUGAUCAGUAAAGGGAUUUUCAACUUGAUUAUGCACUAGAAGCAGUCUUCAACAAGUGUAUUUGAAGUGACUGAGUAUCUAAGCACUUCUCUACUUGUAGCUGCACCUUGAGUCACAGUGGAAGAUGUGACUGUCUACAAUUACAGAUGACAGAUGAUGAAGAUUACUCUAGGUAGAAGCAAUGCGUAGGAUUUUUCUGCAGUUGAGCAGAAGCUGAUUGAAUUUUUGGAGCCUGGUGGACAAUUUUUUUUAUUGCAAGAUCUUCAAAAAAAACCCAACACUUUCAUAAGGACCGACUUCUGUCAGUUAUGACUGAGAAACGGAUUGUGAGUGAAGAAUGGUGUGUAUUCUGGUGAAAGUAAAUUUUUGUCUUAUUUUUUCCAGAGACUAAUAAAUAUAUUUAAGGAAAUGAACUGUCAGUCUUCAUAGUAGGUAUUGAAUCCCACCUCAGUAAUUCAAGCUGGCAUGGGGUAAAUUUGUUUCCUUUUAUAAAACUUUUGUUACAUAACUAUACUACGUGCAUAUGUUUGUGUGAGCAUAAGUUGCUCUCUAUUGAAACUCUUCAAAACCUGAUUUUGCUAUUUAUAAUUUGGCACAGUACUUUGAAUAUGUCAGUACUAUGUUGUAAAACAGAGAUGUAUUUUUUGAUAUGUAAUAAUGCUUAACACUAAUUCCCAUUGAAGGAGAUCAGAGAAGGUAUAACACUUCUUGAGCAGGUGUAAUUUCAAAACCUUUUUAAUAAAAAUGUUGUCUGUACUUAUGGGGUUUUUUUUCCUGUUCAAUUUUGGUCACAUUUAGAUGUUACUUUUUUUAUCCUUUUAUCCAAAAGGUGAUUUGGCAUGAAAAUAACUGAAAAUUUAUAGUGACUGUAUGCAAUUGCGUUGAAUUUGCAUGGUACAAAGGCCUAUUUAUGUGUGUAACCUCAGCUUCUAUUAGCCAAUAUCUGAAUAUACUGUAUGUGGCCAUGCUUAUAAAGCAGCACAUUUUUAUUUGUUCUUGGAUGGCCUCCUUUUAACAUGACCAAAGUAACUGUCAUAUUUGAGACAUUUUCUUCAAAUAAAAGUUUGUACAUUGUUUCCUAAUGCCAACAGGUCGCUUAAAACUUGCGUUUCU